GCUGUUCCUUUCCCCCUCAGGCCAAGUAUGUCGGGUCUCCACCUCAUGAAGCAAGGCCGAGACAGGAAGAAGGUUGACGUCCAGAGAGACUUCACCGUUGCAUCUCCGGCAGAGUUCGUCACCCGUUUUGGGGGGAACAAAGUAAUUGAGAAGGUGCUUAUUGCCAAUAAUGGGAUUGCGGCGGUGAAAUGCAUGCGGUCCAUCCGGCGCUGGUCCUACGAGAUGUUUCGGAAUGAGCGAGCGAUCCGCUUUGUUGUUAUGGUAACACCUGAAGACUUGAAAGCAAAUGCUGAGUACAUCAAAAUGGCAGAUCAUUAUGUUCCGGUGCCAGGAGGCCCAAAUAACAACAACUAUGCAAACGUGGAACUGAUCCUGGAUAUUGCAAAACGGAUCCCAGUUCAGGCAGUAUGGGCCGGGUGGGGCCAUGCCUCCGAGAACCCCAAAUUACCUGAUCUUCUACACAAAAAUGGAAUUGCCUUUAUGGGUCCCCCAAGCCAAGCGAUGUGGGCUUUAGGAGACAAAAUUGCUUCAUCGAUAGUGGCUCAAACUGCAGGCAUCCCCACUCUUCCGUGGAGCGGCAACGGUCUCCGGGUGCCUUGGCAAGAAGGCGACUUUCAGAAGCGCCUCCUGAAUGUCCCCCAGGAAUUGUACGAGAAGGGCUGCGUGACAGACGUGGACCACGGGCUCAGGGCAGCUGAAGAAAUUGGCUACCCAAUCAUGAUCAAAGCCUCUGAAGGAGGAGGAGGAAAAGGAAUCAGGAAAGUGAACAACCCUGAUGACUUCCCCAACCUCUUCCGACAGGUGCAGGCGGAAGUGCCAGGGUCCCCUAUCUUUGUGAUGCGCCUUGCAAAACAGUCUCGGCACCUGGAGGUCCAGAUCCUCGCCGACCAGUACGGCAACGCCAUCUCUCUCUUUGGCCGUGACUGUUCAGUGCAGCGCCGGCACCAGAAGAUCAUUGAGGAAGCUCCGGCCUCCAUCGCCACGUUGGCGGUGUUCGAACACAUGGAACAGUGUGCUGUGAAGCUUGCCAAGAUGGUGGGCUACGUCAGCGCGGGGACGGUGGAGUACCUUUACAGCCAGGACGGCAGCUUCUACUUCUUGGAGCUCAACCCUCGGCUGCAAGUGGAGCACCCUUGCACGGAGAUGGUGGCGGAUGUGAACUUGCCCGCGGCUCAGCUGCAGAUCGCCAUGGGGAUUCCUCUCCACAGGAUCAAGGAUAUCCGGAUGAUGUAUGGGGUCUCCCCCUGGGGAGACACAGCCAUUGAUUUUGAUAACUCCGCCCACGUGCCUUGUCCCAGGGGCCACGUGAUUGCUGCCCGCAUCACCAGCGAAAAUCCAGAUGAGGGAUUCAAACCCAGCUCUGGAACAGUCCAGGAACUGAAUUUCCGCAGCAAUAAGAACGUCUGGGGCUAUUUCAGCGUGGCUGCCGCCGGGGGCCUUCACGAAUUUGCUGACUCUCAGUUCGGUCACUGCUUCUCGUGGGGAGAAAACCGAGAGGAAGCCAUCUCAAAUAUGGUCAUUAGCUCUGAAGGAGCUGUCCAUCGUGGAGACUGGACUACAGUGGAGUACACCCUGAUCAAGCUUCUGGAGACUGAGAGCUUCCAACAGAACGCGGCGUAUACUGGCUGGUUGGAUCGGCUCAUUGCAGAGAAAGUGCAGGCAGAGGCGGACACCAUGCUUUCAGUCGUGUGUGGGGCUCUUCCGUUACUUGGGCGUGAGCUUCGAGGAAUAAGCGUCUCCAACUUCCUGCACUCCUGGAGGGUACACAUCACCAUUGGCAACAAGACCUGCGCUCUUGAGAAGGAAAAGCGAUUCCGUCCAUUCUGCGUUAAGCCGGCCAGGAAAGCUCAUCCAAUGCGAUGGUGGAAAGAUGGUAUUACGUGGCCAUGUUUCUCAGGCCAGUGCUUUGCUGAGAUUGAGGUGAUGAAGAUGGUGAUGACUCUCACUGCAGUGGAAUCGGGCUGCAUCCACUACGUGAAACGUCCUGGGGCAGCGCUAGACCCUGGCUGUGUGAUUGCCAAACUGCAGCUGGAUGACCCCAGCCGGGUUCAGCAGGCUGAACUCAACACUGGCACGUUGCCGCUGAUUCAGAGCACAGCUCUCCGGGGUGAGAAGCUGCACCGCGUCUUCCAUUACGUCCUCGACAACCUGGUGAAUGUGAUGAAUGGCUACUGCCUGCCGGAGCCUUUCUUCAACAACAAGGUGAAGGACUGGGUGGAAAGGUUAAUGAAGACCCUGCGAGACCCUUCUUUGCCUCUCCUAGAGCUUCAGGACAUCAUGACCAGCGUCUCUGGGCGGAUCCCGCCUAACGUGGAGAAGUCCAUCAAGAAGGAGAUGGCCCAGUACGCCAGCAACAUCACUUCUGUCCUCUGCCAGUUUCCUAGCCAGCAGAUUGCCAACAUCCUGGACAGUCAUGCAGCUACCCUGAACCGGAAGUCAGAACGCGAGGUCUUCUUCAUGAACACGCAGAGCAUUGUGCAGCUAGUGCAGAGAUAUCGGAGUGGCAUCCGAGGGCAUAUGAAAGCUGUGGUCAUGGAUUUGCUCCGGCAGUACCUGAAGGUGGAAACUCAGUUCCAACAAGGUGGGUCCCAUGCCGUUCAGCAUUUGAAUUUUCGUCCUCGUGGAAGAGGGAACAUACCCACGCUCAACAGGAUGUCCUUCUCCUCCAAUCUCAACCAUUACGGGAUGGUCCACGUAGCCAGUGUGAGCGACGUUCUCUUGGACAACUCUUUCACCCCACCGUGCCAACGAAUGGGCGGGAUGGUCUCUUUCCGGACCUUUGAAGACUUUGUCAGGCUGUUUGAUGAAGUGAUGGGUUGUUUCUGUGACUCUCCUCCGCAGAGCCCCACCUUCCCUGAGGCCGGCCACCCUUCCUUGUUUGAUGAAGAUAAGAGUGCUAGAGAGGAGCCAAUUCACAUCUUGAAUGUUGCCAUUAAGACGGAUUGUGACAUCGAUGAUGAAGGCUUGGCGUCCAUGUUCAGAGAGUUUACACAAAGCAAGAAAUCUGUUCUGAUUGACCACGGCAUCCGUCGGCUGACUUUCCUCGUGGCGCAAAAGGAUUUCAGGAAACAGGUCUACUAUGAGGUGGAUCAAAGAUUUCACAGGGAAUUCCCCAAAUUUUUCACAUUCCGUGCGAGAGAUAAGUUUGAGGAGGACAGGAUCUACCGCCACUUGGAGCCCGCCUUGGCUUUCCAGCUGGAGCUCAAUCGAAUGCGCAACUUUGACCUCACCGCCAUUCCGUGCGCCAAUCACAAAAUGCAUCUCUACCUCGGUGCAGCAAAAGUCGAGGCGGGAGCUGAGGUUACAGAUUACAGGUUCUUCGUGCGGGCAAUCAUCAGACACUCUGACUUGGUUACUAAGGAGGCGUCUUUUGAGUACCUACAGAACGAGGGGGAACGGCUGCUUCUAGAAGCCAUGGAUGAGCUGGAGGUGGCCUUCAACAACACGAACGUGCGCACCGACUGCAACCACAUCUUCCUCAACUUUGUCCCCACCGUUAUUAUGGACCCAUCUAAGAUCGAGGAGUCCGUGCGGAGUAUGGUGAUGCGCUACGGCAGCCGCUUGUGGAAACUCCGAGUGCUUCAAGCAGAGCUAAAGAUCAACAUUCGGCUGACACCGACCGGCAAGGCCAUUCCCAUCCGACUCUUCCUGACCAAUGAAUCGGGCUAUUACUUGGACAUCAGCCUAUACAAGGAAGUGACAGACUCCAGAACUGCCCAGAUUAUGUUCCAAGCUUACGGAGAUAAGCAAGGGCCGCUUCACGGAAUGCUGAUCAACACGCCGUACGUGACCAAAGACCUGCUCCAAUCCAAGAGAUUCCAGGCUCAGUCAUUGGGAACAACAUAUGUCUAUGAUAUCCCUGAAAUGUUUCGACAGUCUUUGAUUAAACUCUGGGCUUUCAUGAAUGACCUCGCAGUCCUGCCAGCCCCUCCUCUGCCUUCUGAUAUGCUGACGUAUACUGAACUGGUGCUGGACGACCAAGGCCAGCUGGUACACAUGAAUAGGCUGCCGGGAGGAAAUGAGGUCCCUCCUGCUCCUCGGGAGUUCUGGGAAAUCCCUGGCCCAAAAUCUAUCAGCUGGCCUCCAACGAGGGCCAGGGACUUUGAUCCUGGCCCCUACCUGGUGGAAUAUGCUCCUGUAGCCAAGGAUCUGGGGCCUAGUGGCUUCCUUUCAGAUGCUGGACAUGUUUUUAGAUCCCUGCUAAUGAUCCAGCUGGCUCCAACAAGAGGCCAGGACUUUUUAUCCCUGGCCCUACUUGGUGGAACAGGCUCCCAGCCCCAUGCUCACAGUGACCACAAGUUGGAAGGGGAGACCACCAAGAAAAGAUUUGCAGAGGAAGCCAAUGGCACAUCAAUCACACGCAGCCAAGAAAACGUGCUCCCCAUAGCAUCUCCCCUUCCAGUGAGGUGGAGGAAUCAUAUUUGCUCUGGAGAAGAGAUGCGUUGGGUGUCAGGGUUCAAGUAUUUGUACCUGACUCCUCAGGAUUAUAAGAAAGUCAGUGCCUUGAACUCAGUACACUGUGAGCACGUGGAAGAUGAAGGAGAAUCCAGAUACAAAAUUACAGAUAUUAUCGGGAAGGAAGAAGGCCUCGGAACCGAGAACCUGCGGGGAUCUGGCAUGAUUGCAGGAGAAUCGUCGCUAGCAUAUGAAGAAAUUAUCACUAUCAAUCUGGUGACGUGUCGGGCGAUUGGUAUCGGGGCGUACCUUGUGCGGCUGGGACAGAGGACAAUCCAAGUGGAAAAUUCACAUAUCAUCUUGACCGGAGCCGGAGCCCUCAACAAAGUUCUUGGAAGAGAGGUGUACACCUCCAACAACCAACUGGGUGGGGUCCAGAUCAUGUUCAACAAUGGGGUGACCCACACCACAGUGUGCGAUGACUUUGAAGGCGUGUACACGAUUCUCCACUGGCUUUCGUAUUUGCCAAAGAGUGUGUGCAGCCCAGUCCCCAUGCUCACAGUAAAGGACACAAUAGACAGAGUCAUUGAGUUUGUCCCCACCAAGACGCCCUACGAUCCCCGCUGGAUGCUUGCUGGACGCCCUCACCCAAGUCAAAAAGGCCAGUGGCAAAGCGGUUUCUUUGACUACGGCUCUUUUCUGGAAAUCAUGCAACCCUGGGCGCAGACAGUCGUGGUUGGCAGAGCCAGAUUGCUGGCAAUUACUUACAUCAUCCAGCAGGCUGGCCAGGUGUGGUUCCCUGAUUCUGCCUUCAAGACGGCUCAAGCCAUCAAGGACUUCAACCGAGAAGGGCUUCCCCUCAUGGUCUUUGCAAACUGGAGGGGCUUCUCUGGAGGCAUGAAAGACAUGUACGACCAGGUGCUGAAGUUUGGGGCCUACAUUGUGGACGGCUUACGGGAGUACAGGCAGCCUGUCCUCGUCUACAUUCCUCCGCAAGCGGAACUGAGAGGGGGUUCCUGGGUGGUGAUCGAUCCCACCAUUAACCCUCGACACAUGGAGAUGUACGCGGACCGAGAGAGCAGAGGAGGGGUCCUGGAGCCUGAAGGGACCGUGGAAAUCAAAUUCACCCUUGGGAAAGGGACUUGAAGGUUUGAUCCCAAAUAUUGCAAAUGCCUUAGCAGACUAGGCACCCCAGAGCUCAGCCCAGCUGAGCGGAAGGAACUUGAGACCAAGCUGAGGGAACGGGAAGAAUUCCUAAUUCCCAUUUACCAUCAGGUAGCCGUGCAGUUUGCUGACUUGCACGACACGCCCGGCCGGAUGCAGGAGAAGGGUGUCAUUACGGACAUUCUAGAUUGGAAGACCUCCCGCACAUUCUUCUAUUGGCGCCUCCGGCGCCUGCUGCUUGAAGAUUUGGUCAAAAAGAAAAUCCACGACGCCAACCCUGAACUGACGGACGGCCAGAUUCAGGCCAUGCUGAGGCGGUGGUUUGUGGAAGUGGAAGGCACAGUGAAGGCGUACUUAUGGGACAACAACAAGGACCUGGUGGAGUGGCUGGAGAAGCAGCUGACCGAGGAGGAAGGCAGCCGCUCGGUGGUGGACGAGAACAUCAAGUACAUCUCCCGAGAUUACAUCCUCAAGCAGAUACGGAGCUUGAUCCAAGCCAAUCCGGAGGUCGCCAUGGAUUCCAUCGUCCACAUGACUCAGCAUAUAUCAGCGACUCAGCGGGCUGAGAUUGUGCGCAUCCUCUCGACAAUGGACUCCCCGGCCUCGACGUAGGCAGACGCCGCACCUGCUGGGAGGGACAGUCUCCGCUGUGCCCUUCUUGCCUUCCUGACUUUCACCUCCCCUCCGGUGGGAAAAUGCUGGAAAAGGACUUCUUAACUUUUCUUCAUUUUUUUUUAAAAAAAUAACAGCCACAAGAAAACUCAGAUCCCAGAGUUGGAGUGGGGAGAGUGUCCUUCCUGUCCCAAAAGUCUUUGGGAGUCUUGACUCCCAACCAAUUAACUUACAAAUGUCAACUCUGUUACCUAUUUAUUUAACGAAAUGUAACUGGAGCGGUUUGUCGUCUGUUUGUCCGGCACUUGCAAGAGGCAAUGAUGGGUCUGUGGUACCCUGAGAUCUUCUUUCUC